AUGUUCGAUGUGGGGGACCACCCAUUAAAUAACCCCUCCAAAAAAAUUGGGACAAAAAAGCAAAGGAGGAUCGAACAAAAAAGGCAACUAAAAGCGCAGCGAAGGGCCCAAAUCGAAGCUCGGGAGAAGAAACUGGAAUGCAAUGCCCGACCACCUGACCCAUCUUCUGAGAGUGACUCGAAUGAAAGCGUGGGAGGGGAGAUUGUGGAGAACCAAGAGGAAGAACUAUUUAAUUGCUUCAAACACGUCAUUUCGGUGGAGGAGGAGGGAUUUGAGCUCGAGAAAUCUGCGAAUGAACGAGUCUUGGAGUUGUUGGAAGGAAAGUCGGUGGCUGACUUGUCGGUGAUUGCUGGGGAGUUGGGACUUGACCUCAGAAGAGUUAACAUUGCAGUGGAGUCCUUGUUGGGUGAAGGUCUUGUUUCCGGGGUGGUGAAUGAGGCAGGAAUGUUUGUCCGGGUUUCUUCAGAGAUGCUGGAACGGAUCGCUGCCUUCAUCAAAGACAAGGGAAUUGUGAAAAUAACUGACUUGAUAGACGAUUUUGAAAUAUUUUGA